AUGGGAAUAUUCGGUAGGAAAUCGCGACAAAACACUUCAUCAUCACUCAUCCUCCCUCAUGCCCAAUCGUCUUUAAGAUUGGAUAGCAGUUCGGUCGCAUGUUCGUCAACACCUAGUAGUCCGUAUACUACCAGUGUAUCAUGUAUCUUCCACGGUCACCAUGGGCACCACGGGAAAUCAGGUAAAAGUACACCAUCAUCACUUUCACCUAAUCUCAAUGGCCAUGCCCAUGGUUCGCCCAGCACCGGUCUGAAUCAUAAUCAACCUACUCCCAUCAGACUGAGAGUUGCCAUUGAUCCUAUCCCAUUUCAUUCGAAUAACGAACAUGCCAAAAACCUUUUCUAUGUCCAGGUGUGUCCCGAGGAAGGUAUAGCGGCGCUGAGAAGGGAGAUCGCUAGGACUGUAGGACAUGGAUCAAUGAGCUUAUUCAAGGUAUCAAUCCCUCAACAAGCAUUUCUCCAAUCUAGAUCAUAUACGGAACGAUAUGGUAAACCCGUUCACCUCCUUUCGCAAUUCCCAGCGUUCAACCUGGACGAUUCGAAUCAACUUGAAUUGAGUCUAGGUCCAAAUCAUACACAUCCGACCUCAGAGAACGAGAGCGGUAUCGUAGGAAAUUUGAAGAUCAAACACUGGUUUCCAGAUUUCGUAAAUGGAUAUAAUCCUUCUGACAUGAUUUCCAUUGUUGCCAGACCUUUGUUAGGUCUCCCAGUUAAUCAUACUCCCUUAACUCUCCGAGCAUAUUUUGCUCAACCUCCCAACACUUCUACAUCAUCCGCCAGCGGUUCAUCCUCAUGUCUUCGUUCCCUUCCACCACCGAUCGUAGUUGAUAUCGACCCACACACUACAGUCGACGAACUGAAAUCCGAGUUGCUCCGAUCAGCAGGUAAAGACGAUACGCUGUACAAACAGGUCACCCUGUGGCAAAUAGAAAUGACGGAAAAGGAGAUGAACGUAAUUGAUGAAUUGGGUAGAUUGAAAAAUGGUAAAAUGCCUUGGCCAUACCCUCCUGGAGCUAUGGAACCUAUCCCAAUGACAGAUGGGAAUCUACCCGUCUCUUUAUUCUUCCCUAAAUCAGCGCCUAAUGGAGAUAUGUUAAAUCUAUCUAUAUGGUUAAACUCGACUUCGAUCUCGUCAAACGACAGUAAUAUACCACAUUUUAGAUAUCCCAUGACCAACCUUACUCGACCUGCUAGUACACAUUGUGCUUCCCCUACUAUCAGUACCCGAUCAAUUCCUUCUACAGUCGUUUCAACUCCCAUCACGGAAUUACCACCAUCCGUCCAAUCUGCUUUAUCAUCCGCUACACUCAGAGUGAAGAAAAGCAGAGUGCGACCCAGUACCGCUCCUGCAGCCACAGCUUCUGCUUCAGCUAAAUCGUUCGGAUCAAGUUCUACCAAACCUCCUCCACCUGGAUCGAUCCGUUCGACCUCGACCUCGACUUCAAAGUCGAUAACGACUGAUAAGCCUAAAGGAUUAGGUAUAGUCACCUUGACUCCUUCGGCGGACACGCCAAUAUUGGAUCGAACAAGUUUCUCGAGUACGCUUUCGACUGAAUCGGAUAUGUCUGUACCGUCUUUGAUCAAUCAUUCUCAACUUUCUUUGGAAACUCUCACUAUAACCAAUGUAAAGACUCCUCUAGAUGAUAACAAAUCAGAUUGGUUAUCCCCUACCUCCUCUCACGGACAAGGUCUAGGACCAGCGCAGGCGCACGUGCAGCAGAAUGAUACACUGUUGAAACAGAGUAUGUUAGUGAACAAAGGUAGUUUGAGAGAUAGGUUGAGGAAGGUCUUGUAA